UAUUGCUGUCUCGUUCGUACGGAAGGUUUUUCACAAUUUUCUCGCGUUUUCCGCUGAAUUUUCCACCAAAAUUGGGUUUAUUUUAGUUAUUUUUAUCAUUCAUAACAUUUCAUGAGAACCGUUAAAAAUCAUUCUGAAAGUUCAAAAAGUACUGAUUGUUCUCUCAUUCGUAUGUCUAUUGUUGUCUCAUUCUUCGUUCACUCUGUUGACAGAUUAUCAGGAGAAGAAGAAGAAGAAUAAAAGAAAAACAAACUGAAAAAAUAGCAGAGAAAACAGAGAAAAUCAUGGAAAAGACAAAAGAAAACUGUGCUGACAAGCUAAAAGAACGUAUGGAGCGCCUAAAGAAGCUCCAUGAUGCAAGGAAUCAAGCUCGUGUGCAGAAUCAACAGGAAGUGAUUGUGGAGAACAAUAUGAAGAAACUUCCUGCAAAUUGGGAGGCACGGAAGCGCAAGACAGAGUGGCUGGUGGCGGAGGAAGCAGCAAAAGAUCGUGCAGCAGCUGAGGGUAAGGACUACGAACGCGUAAAGAUGCUGGGCGUAUCCGUGGGGGAAGCAGAGAUUGCCCUUAAGAAGAAGCGCAAAGGUGAUGGGAGUUUCUCCAGCUACGAAGCACAGACGGCAAGGCAGUACGAGAGAUCCAUCAACAUCCUUCCACCGUGCAUCAGGGAGAAUUAUGAAGCAAAGAAGAGGAGUGGUGAGGAAGAGGAGGACACGGAUCCACUGAGACAUCUCCGUCCGAAGGAUUCAGCUGGGGCAAUUGAUAACAUGGUUGAACACCUCCAGAAGCAGCUUGAUAAGAAGAAGAACUUCUCCCGGAGGAGGACACACAACGAUGAUGCUGACAUUGACUACAUCAAUGAGAAGAAUGCUCGCUUCAACAGGAAGCUGGAGAGAUUCUACGGGGAGCACACAGUGGAGAUUAAGAAAAAUCUCGAGAGGGGAACAGCUGUCUAAAAAAAAAUGUCUUAAAAAUGCAAAAAAUAAAGAAAUUUAAUUUUAUCAAAUGGAA